AUGUCCUUCGCCAGCCCCCAACCCCAGAUCAACGCGGCCCAGGCCGAGGGUCGUCGCGUCUACAUCGGCAACCUCAACUAUGACCUUCAGAACACGGACAUCGAGGAGAUGCUGGGGCAGUCGGGCUUCCCCGCCUUUGAGAGCGUCAAGGUCCCCCUCGACCAGGCCAGCGGUCGCAACCGCGGCUAUGCCUUUGUCGACUUCCCUAACCACGAGGAGGCCGACCGCGCUGUGAACAGCCUCCAGGCCGUUAUUGGCGGCAGGGAGAUCAAGGUCAGGAUGUGCGAGCCCAAGCAGCAGGAUCGCCAACAGGGCGGCUACAACAACUACAACAACGGCGGUGGCUACAACAACGCGCUUAUGGCAGCCCAACCCGGCCAGCAGCAGUGGGGCGGAUUUGACCAGACCAUGGGCGGCGGCUUCCAGCAGCAGCAGCAGCAGCAGCAACAGCAGAUGCAGCCCGACAUGCGCAAGCUCUACGUCGGCGGCCUGGGUCCUGCCCCGGACCAGGGUCAGAACGAUGACGAGAUCCGGAUGCUCUUCAAUGGCUUCAACCCGACAUACAUCAGCAAGCGCCUUGAUAGCAACCGCGCCGCUCCCGAGAACCCGGACUACAGGUUCUGCUUCGUCGAGUUCGAGACGGCUGAGGAAGCCAGUGCUGCCAAGGACGCUCUUGACGGUCGCUCGUACGGCCCCGAGGGCGUGCAACUCCGCGUCAGCUUCGCCAAGCCCGGUCGUUCCCAGCAGGGCCAGGGCCAGCAGCAGCGCGGCGGCUGGGGUGGGCAGCAGCGUCAAGAUGCCUACAGCCGCGGCGCGCAGCAACCCAACAUGGGAGGCAGCGUCUGGAGGAGGGGCUAG